CGGUUGAGGGUCGAGCUCUGCGAGUCCGGAAGUUGGGUUUGUCCAAGGGAAAGGGCCGCAGACUCAGAUUCACUGUCUGGAUUCCUCCGUGGGCCUGUCCUGGGUGGGCCUCAUAUCGACCCUGUGGCCCCGGCGUCCCCAGCCCGACUGGCUGGCAGGAGAGGACACUCCCUCGCGGAACGGAGGCAGCGCGCCCCGCCUGUUCCCGGGGGCCCCGCGGCCGUUGCACCGCCGCGACCCGCCCCUCGUCCGGCCACGUCUCCGCUGAGCCGCCGCGGGGCCGCAGCGCCUGGGUAUCAUGACAUUAGUUGGUUGCACUUGAAGCCAUUCAUGAACUUUAAACCUGCUCCAAACCAUGGAAAGUGUGGUGCAGUCCUUCAGGAGAGCUCUCAGCUACUGCUGAUGGAGAGGAACUGGCCUUGCUAGCGGUUCACCUGCCGCUCUGUGUCACCCCAGGUCACCCUGUCUGCACACGUCACCAUGGAUGGUGCAUCUGCCAUGCAAGGUGGCCUUUUAGAGUCUAAUGGUGGCGCCUCAGUGGGCCCCAGGGCCCUCCUGGAGCCCCCAGACUCUCCGGUGCAGCCCGACAGGCGGGACGCGGCCUGGGGUGCCAGUGGGACAGCAAACACAGUUCCAGGUGAAGGAGAAAGCCUGGAAGUCCUCAGCCAGGGGCACAGCUGCCAGAACGGGCUGGUGCCACCCACCCCAGGCCCUGUGAUGCCUCUGGACCCCACCCCUCACUCAGUGGGUGCUGACUCAGCUCCAGGUGUGGCUGGUUUCCAUGACAACCUAAGGAAGCCUGAGGGCACUAGUGCUGAGGGCAGUGUUAGAAAAGAAGCUUUGCAGUCUCUCAGACUAAGUCUUCCUAUGCAAGAAACGCAACUCUGCUCGACAGAGGCCUCGCCGCCCCUGGAAAGGGAGGAGCAGGUCCGCCUUCAAGCGCGGAAACGGCUGGAGGAGCAGCUUCGACAGUACAGGGUGAAGCGGCAGCAGGAGAGGUCCAGCCAACCUGCAAUUAAAAUGAGACUUUCCAGCACACUUGACCCUGAGCUCAUGCUCAACCCAGAGAACUUGCCGAGGGCCAGUGCUGUGGCCAUGACAAAGGAGUACUCUUUCCUGCGUACCAGCGUUCCUCGAGGGCCGAAGGUGGGCAGCUUAGGGCUCCUGGCAAAUUCCAAAGAGAAAAAAAGUCCCAAAUCAAGCAGGAUUCGGUCUCUGGCUGAUUACAGAACUGAAGAUCCAGAUGCCGGGGACUCAGGUGGGGGUGCCUCGGCCGCCGGCCCUUCUCGGGGCUCUGUGAAGCACAGCAGGGGCAGCAUGACGUCCGUGGUAUCUGGGGCCGGCCUGCCCCCCGAAGCUGACGCCCACCUGGAGGACACUUCCAUGGCUGGAGACAACGCCUCCGACGUGGAUGCCAGCGAGGCUGGUCUGAGGCUGGACGGGAACGACAGCGACAGCUCCUCCUACAGCAGCGCUUCCACCCGGGGGGCCGCGCGCACACUGGUAGGCACAGCCGGCAGCCAGGGUGCAUCCUAUAUGGUCAAUGGCCAGGAGAUCGCUGCCGAGGCGUUGGGCCAGUUUCCUUCAAUUAAGGAUGUCCUCCAGGCUGCGGCAGCCGAGCAUCAGGACCAGGGGCCAGAGGUCAACGGGGAUGUCCGGAGCCGCAGAGACAGCCUGUCCAGCAGUGUGUCCAUGGAGAGCUCUGUCACCGAGGCCCAGGAUGAGAUGCUCCAGGUGCUUAAGGAGAAGAUGCGGCUGGAGGGACAGCUGGAGGCCCUGUCACUCGAGGCCAGCCAGGCACUGAAGGAGAAGGCAGAGCUGCAGGCACAGCUGGCCGCCCUGAACACCCAGCUGCAGGCACAGGUCGAGCACAGCCACAGCAGCCAACAGAGGCAGGACUCGCUCAGCUGCGAAGUGGACACCUUGAAGCAGUCCUGCUGGGACUUGGAGCGUGCCAUGACUGACCUGCAAAGCAUGCUGGAAGCCAAAAAUGCCAGCCUGGCGUCCUCCAACAAUGACCUGCAGGUGGCCGAGGAGCAGUACCAAAGGCUCAUGGCCAAAGUGGAAGACAUGCAGAAAAGCAUGCUCAGUAAGGACAACACAGUGCACGACCUGAGGCGGCAGAUGAGUGCCCUGCAGAGCCAGCUGCAGCAGGUGCAGGUGGAGCGCACGACGCUGACCAGCAAGCUGCGGGCGUCGCAGGCCGAGAUCGCAUCCCUGCAGAGCGUGCGCCAGUGGUACCAGCAACAGCUCGCGCUGGCGCAAGAGGCCCGGGUCAGACUGCAGGGCGAGAUGGCCCACAUCCAGGUUGGACAGAUGACUCAGGCAGGCCUCCUGGAGCACUUGAAACUGGAGAAUGUGUCCUUGUCCCACCAGCUGACAGAGACACAGCACAGGUCCAUCAAAGAGAAGGAGCGCAUUGCCAUCCAGCUGCAGAGCAUCGAGGCUGACAUGUUGGACCAGGAAGCUGCCUUUGUUCAGAUUCAAGAAGCCAAGACGAUGGUGGAGGAAGACCUUCAGAGGAAACUGGAGGAGUUUGAGGGCGAGAAGGAGCAGCUGCAGAAGAUGGCAGAUUCCGCAGCAUGCUUGGAGCAGAAGCUGGAGCAGAUAAAGUUGACUUUGCACCAGCGAGACCAACAGCUCGAGGCCCUGCAGCAGGAACACCUGGGCCUGAUGAGGCAGCUCACCGCAGCCCAGGAGGCCCUGCAGGCCCGAGAGCAGAGCCUCGGGGACCUGCAGACACACCACGAGGAGCUACAGGCCCGGCUAGAGGAGCUGCAGGGUGAGGCAGCCACCAAGGAUGACACCAUUCACUUCCUGCAAAAUGAAAAGAUUGUCCUGGAAGUGGCUUUGCAGGCAGCCAGGAGCAGCAAGGAGGAAUUUGACAGGGGAGCGAAGUGCCUGAAAGAGGGAGUCGAGGAGACAUCAGAGGUUCUUGAGCAGUUGAGACAAGACUUAGCCGUGAAGUCCAGUCAGGUGGAGCACCUGCAACAGGAGACGGCCACUCUGAAGAGGCAGAUGCACAAAGUAAAGGAACAGUUUCUUCAGCAAAAGGUGAUGGUGGAAGCCUACCGCCGGGACGCCACCUCCAAAGACCAGCUCAUCAGUGAGCUGAAGGCCACCAAGAAGAGGCUAGAUUUGGAGCUGAGGGAACUGAGGCAAGAGCUGAUCAAACUCCAGGGAGAAAAGAAGUCAGUGGAGGCGGAGCACUCACGGCUGCAGAGGGAGGCAUCCCAGGUGCACCAGCAGAUGGCGGAUCUGGAGGGGCAGCUGCAGUUGGUGCAGAAGGAGCGCGAUGACAUGGAGACACAGCUGCAGUCUCUGCAGUUUGAUAAAGAGCAGAUGAUCAUUCUUACAGAGGCCAACGAGGUGUUGAAGAAACAAAUAGAGGAGCUGCAGCAGGAAGCCAAGACGGCCAUCACGGAGCAGAAGCAGAGAAUGAAGCGUCUGGGCUCUGACCUGACCAGUGCCCAGAAGGAGAUGAGGACCAAGCACAGGGCCUAUGAGAAUGCCGUGGGCAUACUUAGCCGCCGCCUGCAGGAGGCCCUUGCUGCCAAGGAAUCCGCGGAAGCCCGGCUGGGUGAGCUCCAGGCCCAGGGCGCUGAUACUGGAGGCAGCAGCCUCACCUUACAUGAAAGAAUCCGGGCCCUGGAGGUGGAGCUGCAGACCGUCAGCCACAGCAAGAUGAUGCUGGAGAAGGAGCUGCAGGAGAUCAUUUCACUGACCAGUCAAGAGUUGGAGGAGUACCGGGAGAAAGUGCUGGAACUCGAGGAUGAGCUUCAAGAAUCCAGAGGCUUUCAGAGGAAGAUCAAGCGCCUGGAGGAGUCGAAUAAGAAGCUGGCUCUUGAAUUAGAGCACGAGAGAGGGAAGCUCUCGGGCCUGGGACAGUCCAAUGCCGCCCUGCGGGAGCACAACAGUGUCUUAGAGACAGCCUUAGCCAAGAGGGAGGCGGAUCUGGUCCAGCUGAACCUGCAGGUGCAGGCAGUUCUGCAGCGAAAAGAGGAGGAGGACCGUCAGAUGAAGCAGCUUGUCCAGGCCUUACAAGCUGCAUUAGAGAGAGAAAAGGUGAAAGCGGACAACCUCAAGGAACAGGUUGCUGCAGCCAAGGCUGACGCAGGGCACAACCGCCGCCACUUUAAGGCUGCGACCUUAGAGCUGAGCGAGGUCAAGAAGGAGCUGCAGGCCAAGGAACACCUGGUGCGGAAGCUGCAGGCAGAGGCGGAUGGCCUGCAGCUUCAAGGGGAGAAGCAUUCUGACGAAGUGGCGCGGUUCCAGGAGGAGUUGGCAGAGGCCCGGGCACGGCUGCAGCUCCUGCAGAAGCAGCUGGACGAGCAGCUGAGCAGACAGCCUACGGGGGACCAAGAGAUGGAAAAUCUCAAAUGGGAGGUGGAUCAGAAGGAGAGAGAAAUCCAAUCCUUGAAGCAGCAGCUGGACUCGAUGGAACAACAGAGUAAGAGAGAAGUGGAAGGAAUACAGCAAUUACUGCAGAAUAUCAAAUCUGAGCUGGAGACGGUGCGGGAAGAUCUGUCCAUGACCCAGAAAGAGAAAUUUAUGCUUCAGGCGAAAGUGUCAGAACUGAAGAACAACAUGAAGACCCUGCUUCAGCAAAACCAGCAGCUGAAGCUGGACCUGAAACGCAGCUCAGCAAAGAAGAAGAAGGAGCUGAAGGGCGAGGCCAACUCCUCCAACCCUGUGACACCUGUUAAGAUUCCUGACUGCCCAGUCCCCGCCUCACUGUUGGAAGAGCUCCUCAGACCCCCGCCCGCUGUGAGCAAGGAGCCCCUGAAGAACUUGAACAGCUGCCUCCAGCAACUGAAGCAGGAGAUGGACAGCCUACAGCGUCAGAUGGAAGAGCACACCAUCACCGUGCACGAGUCACUGUCCUCGUGGACCCAGGUUGAAGGCCGCCUCGGGGACCUGACCAGCCCCAGCCCUGCUCCCGCUGGAGAUGACACCAACCCCAGGGAUGACACAGAGAAACACAAUCCGAGCAGUGCCCCCACGGAAGUAUUUGAACAGUGACCUCUGCAAAUCCUCUCACCUUCUGAGUUGUUUGUAACUAUGUAAAGGAAGAUUCUUUUAUCAAUAUUAUUUAUUUGACUUUGUGCUCUCUGUUUUUCUAAGAGAUGAAAUUUUAGCUUUAGCUUAUGCCUGUAACAAGGAGAAUAACAGAACGAGCGCCAAGGUUGAAAGUCAUUUGCAGAGAGAUCACAAUUAGCUUUUUCCCAGAAAUGACCAAAUUUUAAAAAUCUCAUUUAAAUUUAAGUGAGAAAUUUCUCAGUGUGUCUGAAGGGUGAUUUGCAGAAGGCGGUAUCUCACGAGUAAUGGUAGAUGCUGCUCUCUGAGGGUCCCGCUAUGCGACAUACCACUCUUGGGCGCAUUUCAGGGCACGUCCCUGCGGGCUGCACCUGGACGGGUGCUGCUAGGCCUCACUUUCCUGUUUGGUUCCACAAGAGCUUUACUUCCCUGCAGGAAUGAAACUUUCUUUUGCACCUUUGGUUUUUUAUUUUAUUUUGUUCAAAAAUAGCCAUCCCACCAUAGGACGUGUAUAUACAGAAAAUCAUUAUCUAAUCUCUAAAAAAUACAUGCUUAUAUCAUUUGAGAAUGACCUAAAUUGUCUUUUUAUUCAUUGCCUUUUGAGAGUUUGCUGUCAGGACAUAAUGUACAUGUAGGAUUUAGGGAUGUCAGUCAGAAAAAUAUAUUUUAAGAAAUACAGUUAUUUUAUUUACUAUGUCUUCUAAAACCAAAUAUUCUUGCACAAAAAGAGUUCUUUGUUGUUUUGGUUUCAGUUUAUUUUUGAGUGUCUUUUCUUUCACUGUCCUGUCUUUUCAAAAGUGCAGAAGCCCUGCAUGAUCUGUCUCACACCGUGGCCAACCCAUCAGUGAGGAACAGGUCGGGAUCUUUCCUUAGAACUACAGCCACCAGGAGGCACCCAGGAAUGUCGUGGUUCCUGCAGGUUGCCCUGACAUCUGAGGAGAAUGGAGACAAGAAAGACCAACACAGGAGAGGAAGGAAAGCAGAGGAGGAGGAGGGAAGGAGCAGCGCUGGGUAGGGGGAGGAGGAGGAGGAGAAGAGAAGAGUGUGGGCCAGGGGCUCCUUGUAGGUACUCCUGUGUUCUACUUGAUCCUCCCCCGUUUGCUGAUUGUUGGGCAAGGUACCAAGGCUUUCUUGUCCUCAGACUUCUGCCCCCAAAGUCAAAGUGUUUACCUAGGGGCUGAAAGAACUCCUCUAUCUGAUGUAGUCAGCCAGAGAAGCUGAGUGCUGAAUUGGUUACCCUGAUCAGGUUAGAAGUCCCUUUAGUCACUUACCUGGAUAGUGGCAUUGAUGUCUGCAGGAGAUGGGUCAGCACUGUGAAGAUAAGCAGUGUGGUCUCCGGGGGCAUCACCUUAAUAGAAUGCCUUAUUUUAAAAACAGUCACCCUAAGUACAUGUGAUUUUAUUUGUAUACGUUUUUCCCACUUAAAGCAUUUACACACUGUAGAAACUGCUGUGAGACUUGAGGUUUGUAGAGUUUUUUCCUCUAGUUUGCUAAGAAAAUUUAAAAUGAUAUUUAUUGUUAUAAAUUAGAGAAGCAAGAGAAUGGGUCCAUGUGGCACCUGUGCAGAUUGACUGGUCUGGAAAUGAAGUGUUACCGACCAGCACAGAUACGCUCAUGUUGAUAUAUUACUGUGUCUACUUUGUGGAGAAAGCAGUAUGGUAUUUUUAAGCUGUUUGUGUUCUCUGGUAGUAUGUUGUUAGAGGUUAAUUGACAAGGUUAAGUAGCAUUAAUCACAAAGAUGUUAUUUAAAAAAAAAUUCCCCAGCAAGUAUUGGAAUUUCUAAAAUAUGUAUGUCAUUUGUAUAGGGUUAAUCUUGAAAUAAUACUUGAAAACUUCACUAUAAAUAUAUCCUACUCUUUAUCUUAAGUUAGAAAUCAUUUUUGGCUGCUUUUGUACCAUUAGAGAAGAAAAAGGGUAAUGUCCACUCUUAUUUAUUUUGGUUGUAUUGUCCUUUUUAAUUUUAAAGCCAAGAAAUAACACUUAGACUCAUUCUACAGCAGAGCUACUUUCUAGUACUUGCUGAUAGAAAGUCUUCAAGUGAGUAAUGUUCAGUGUGUACUUUUUUCUUAGGAAAGGGUAAAACUAAUUCUGAAUGUAUUCAUCAAUGAAAGCAAGUCUGUUCCUCAUCCCUUCUUUCCAUCAUUUAGUCACCCUCUGCACACGCGUAUGCGUGUGUGCAUACACGCGUACGCGCGUACCCACACAUCGACAUCCUUAGAAAUAGCACCACCUCUUUGUUUUCUGUCAUCGUUGUGUGCCAGUUUCACUGUACGUUCCCAUCUUUUGGUUCAGCGACUACCCAGCCUUUGUCUCUGGUCUGAACUCUCUGGUCACUGCCAUUAGGCACUGGGCUGUUCCUGCCCACUGUAUAUUAGUAUUUUGUUUGUUCUUCCUAUUUUAUUCUAAAGCCUGGGGUUCCAGAUAGAGGCCUCUUGGCGUUAAAGCUGACACUGCCUUUAGGCUUCCUUAAGAAGUCACCUUAAAAAGAAAAUUGGUUUUUAAUUUGCCUGCUGUUGACUUGUUGUGGAGCCCUGGUGGCUAGUAGUUAAAGAGCUCGGCUGCUAACCAAAAGGUCAACAACAGUUUGAAUCCACCAGUAGCUCCUUGGAAACCCUAUGGCGCAGUUCUACUCUGUCCUAUAGGGUCACUGUGAGUCGGAAUCAACUCAUAGAUGGCAGUGGGUUUGGGUUUUUGGUUUUGACUUGUUGUGGGACUCUACUGGCACUUCCGCCUCCAGAGCUACAUUCUUUAGUCAGUAAAGUUUGAAAUAUUGUUCUUGUUGUGGGCAGAAACGGGGAAUUAUGGAAUUUACCCAUGGAAAACAACAGUCAAAUCUGAAAUAUUACUUUAUAAAAACAGGUUCCCCACUACAUCAUAUUUGCGCAUGUUAAAUAUACACAUACUGGAUAUAAUGUCUUUAUCAUAAGUAAUGUUGACUUGGACAUGUCAUGAUGUCACUUGCUUUUCUUAAUUUCCAAAAAAAUGUAUUGCAAUGUGGUUAUCAUUGAUUUUUCCAUGGUACACGUCAUACAGAUGCCAUGUAUCUUACAGAUUCAACCUUCGUUCUACCCUUUGGAAGAUGUGACAGGCCGUGUUUUUAACAGGAUGUGAAACUGACUUCUUACUCUGGUCGGUACAGAUUAGGGUCCAGGUACUGGAACUCGUCCCCUCUUAGGAGAUCCUGUGGUGCAGGUAAAAUCCGACACUGCAUCAGGAAGCUUUUCAUGUUACUCGCCAUUCUUUCUUAGUUUAAAAACUUGCAUUUUCUUGGUAGAGUGAUAUUACAGAAGUCAUGGUCUGCAGUCACUGUGACAUAUAUUCCUACUUCCAUGAGUUUUUUUUUUAAUAAAAAUUAAUGCCAUUUGUAAAGAUUUCUAGGGAUGAAAGUGACCAGUGUAUCUGAAAAAGAAACGCCCUGGGGCCUUCCUUUAAAGGCUCUCUGUGGCAUGAGUGAUGUUGGGAUGUGGAGACAUUGGGCCUGUUUCAAACAAGUUUAUUGACUGGAAGUGCCAAGCAAGUUACAUCGUAUGGUGGUCUCGGGUUAUGAUACGAUCCUUGAGGGGUAAUGUUUCAGAGAGGCUCUAGGAGAUCCAGUGGUUUUGAGUCAUUAAUUCAUUUCUGUUAAAAAUUCAGUCAUAAAAGGGAGUCCUCAGGUUGGGACCUUUCUAGGAAAAAUGUGGCAUCGUGUACAAUUGUAACUUUAAAAAGCAUGUUGAUUUUCUAAAAAUUUAAGCGUGCUUGGGAAUUCCUUAAAUUUUGUGCAAUAAACUAUUUUUUGGUAAAGA